CGCGGCGGGACGGCGGCUCUUCCACCCGACCGCCAUGAGCACCAAGCAGGUCACUUGCAGGUAUUUUAUGCAUGGUGUGUGUCGGGAAGGAAACCAGUGCCUGUUCUCACAUGACUUGGCAAACAGCAAGCCAUCUACCAUCUGCAAAUACUACCAGAAGGGCUGUUGCGCCUACGGAACUCGUUGCAGGUACGAUCACACGAGGCCCUCUGCUGCAGCUGGUGGGGCCAUGGGCACUGUUCCCCAUGGGGUGCCCUCCCUGGGUUUCCACAGUCCUCACCCUCCUUCCGACCUCACUGCAUCAAUCGUGAAAACUAACUUACACGAGCCCGGGAAACGUGAAAAGAGGACGUUGGUACUUAGAGACCGAAAUCUCUCUGGCAUGGCUGAAGAAAAGACUUGCCCAAGUGUGGUGAGUAAUCCCGGAGGCUGCAGCGACCUGCAGAACAGCCCGGAGCUGAAGCCGCUUUCCUACCUAGAAGCGAUCAGGAGUGGUCUCGACAGCUUGGAAGCUAGCAGUUCCUACAGCAGCGAACAGCAGCUGUGCCCCUACGCAGCUGCCGGGGAGUGCCGAUUUGGGGAUGCUUGUGUCUACCUGCAUGGGGAAGUGUGUGAAAUCUGUAGGUUACAAGUCCUGCACCCCUUCGACCCAGAGCAAAGGAAAGCUCACGAGAAGAUCUGCAUGUCAACAUUCGAACACGAGAUGGAGAAGGCCUUUGCCUUCCAGGCGAGUCAGGACAAAGUGUGCAGCAUCUGCAUGGAGGUCAUCCUCGAGAAAGCGUCAGCCUCAGAGCGGAGGUUCGGGAUCCUUUCCAACUGCAACCACACGUAUUGCCUGUCCUGUAUCCGGCAGUGGAGGUGUGCCAAGCAGUUUGAGAACCCAAUCAUCAAGUCUUGUCCAGAGUGCCGUGUGAUAUCAGAGUUUGUAAUUCCAAGUGUGUACUGGGUAGAAGAUCAGAAUAAAAAGAACGAGUUGAUUGAAGCUUUCAAACAGGGAAUGGGAAAAAAAGCUUGUAAAUACUUUGAGCAAGGCAAAGGGACCUGCCCAUUUGGAAGCAAAUGCCUUUACCGCCAUGCUUACCCUGAUGGGCGGCUAGCAGAACCAGAGAAACCUCGGAAACAGCUCAGUUCUGAAGGCACCGUGAGGUUCUUUAAUUCAGUGCGGCUCUGGGAUUUCAUUGAGAACCGAGAAAGCCAGCAUGUCCACAACACUGAAGACGUCGACAUGACAGAGCUUGGGGACCUCUUCAUGCACCUCUCCGGAGUGGAGUCAUCAGAACCCUGAAGAGUAGGUGGUCGCCCUGCGUCUUCGGCUCCACCAGCCGAGGCUUCCCCAAGCCAGGGUGUGCAGAGCUUCCUUCACGACAGCCUGGGGUGGCGUGUCACUUGAAUUUGAGUGGGGUUGUAUUUAACCUUGGUCUCAUCCACUCCAUUAUUACAGCCAUGGGAAGGGUGAGAAUAUAAAAUAACCUGAACACAUAUAUGAACACAUAUAUGCUGCUUCCCUAGUUGCUGUUUAUGUUAGUUCCACCUCAAACUCCUCAGGGGGGCCAGCUGACGAGCCAGUGUUUUCACUGAUUGAUUCAGACCAGCCUGCCUCCCGUCUUCGAGGACUGUGCAGCUGCCCCUAAAGCAGCAGAUUCAUUUAUCUUACCAAAGGAUUCCUGUGUGGUGAACCUCCCUAGUAUACUGAAAUAGUGUGGUCAACACUGGAUUUGUAUAUUGUUUUUCAAAAACCAAGUGAGCGCUGCACACCUUAGCACAAACUUGACUUAGGGCUCUGCAGUGUCCCAAAUCAGGGGAGAAGUCUUGUUGCAGGACGUUCAGCAGACAGGUAUAAACCUUCUUACCUGGGGGUGGGGUGGGGGGGCUCUUGAAGUAGCAGGAAGCAGAGAUAUGGCCCCUCUUUUCCGGUUUGUGGUAGGGUAGGGUCACAAUCGGAGUAAUCUUGCACACAUGCCUCCAGGGAAACUCUCACCUGCUGGCUUGUGCCCCGAGAGUUCAUGUAUGUUCUUAUCUGUAAAACCUGGCUUUGAUUUUAAAUUUCAUAAAAACAGCACCCAAGAACAGUUUCUGGUUCUUAUCUAGUGGUGGUCCUGAAGAGAGUACAAGUCUUCUGUCAUCAGUAGUGAUUUUAAUCAGUAGUGAUUUUAAUUGAAGGAGCAUAACCUUGUGAAUCAGAACGCAAUCCAAGCCUAAAUUAUCUACUUUUAUAGACAGCUGUAGACACCAAGUGUUUUAUAAAAUGCAUUACUUUACUUUAAAGAAGAAAGUCUCCUCUUUACCUGAGUUUGGAGUUCUUAAGUGAAGGGUGACAAAGGCUGAAUUCAAUUCCCAGCAGAGGCUCUGGGCCCAUUUCCUGUUUCUUGAGUUCUGCUCCCAAAGGCAUGAACAAAAUGGAGUUCAAGCUGUGAGCUCAGGGUUACUUUAAAAGGAGGAAACAGCCAUUAAACCUACAUUUAAUUUAUUUUAUUAAAAUAACAAAUUGAAUAACUGUAUUUUGUCAGGCGCAAUAAAAACAAAAUUAAACCCAAGAAAAAAAAAAAAAAAAAAGGUAAAGAAACUUAAAA